CGCCCAGGCCGCUCCUCCAACCCGCUUUAUAAGCGGGGAGGCUGCGGUGCAGCGGCUCAGACCCGCUCGCGCUCCGGUUACCGCCUCCUCUGCUGGCCAUGGGGCGCCUGGCUGCGCUGCUUCUCCUGGCGGUUACUGCUGCCAGCAACACCUCUCCUGAAAAGGACAGUGUCAGUCUAAUAAAGACCAUCGACAAGACAAACAGCAAGGGGCUGGAUCAUUAUCAGUCAGACAAUCUUCGUCCUCUACGGCGUACAAAAAGGAGGUGGGUUAUAACCACCUUUGAACUUGAAGAGGAGGACAAAGGACCAUUCCCCAAACUUGCUGGAGAGCUGUUCAACGACGUGUCAUAUAAUGUGUCCAUAAAAUAUUUAAUCAGUGGACCUGGUGUAAACGAAUCUCCAGAGUUUGGGUUGUUUUCUAUAAAAGACGAUGCCAAUGGACAUGUGUACGUGCAUCGUACCAUUGACAGAGAGAACACCUCCUUUUUUAAGAUACGUUUUGAUGUUGCAAAUAGAAUGACUGGGGAGAUAGAGGACAGAUCUUUAUUUUUCAAUAUUAAGAUUAAAGACAUUAAUGAUAAUGCACCCAAGUUUCCCAAGGAGGAAUUUAACAUUACUAUAAAAGAAAACCAUCAUACAGAUGAGCCAGUUUUCCAAGUGACAGCCCUUGACAAAGAUGAAAAAGACACCGCUAAUUCUCGGGUGAUCUAUUCCCUUACUACACAGACACCCAAUCUGAAAGAGCCCAGAUUUAACAUCGUUCCUACCAGUGGUUUGAUAAUGAUUUCAGGAUGCUUGGAUCAUCAGACUGCCAGCUCUUUCAAGCUUCUGAUCAAAGCCAGAGACCAUGGUACUCCACAAAUGUCAUCUACUGCAACAGUUAACAUUGCCGUUGAAGAUACAAACAACCACCUGCCUGUAUUUACCAAGGAAAAUUAUCAGUGGCAAAUUGAAGAAGGCAAAGUAGGAUCAGGCGUGUUAAGGCUCCAGGUGGAAGAUCAAGAUUCUCCAAACACACCUGCUUGGAGAGCAAAGUACAAAAUAGUGAAAGGCAAUGAAAAGGAACAGUUCACCGUUGAGACCGAUCCUGAAACAAAUGAGGGCAUUUUAAGUGUUAUUAAGCCUCUGGACCAUGAAGGUGACUUGGAGAAGAGACUUGUCAUUUCUGUUGAAAAUGAAGAACCUUUAUUUUCAUGUGAUAAAGGGAAACUGAGGAGCCGUCCUGUAGCCCCCAUUAGUGCAUCCGUGGCUGUGAAAGUCCUAGACAGAAAUGAUGCUCCUGAAUUUCACCCACUUACACUUGUUUUUCAAAAAGAAGAAGGCGUGAAGCCUGGGACGAGGCUUGGAAAAUAUUCUGCUGUAGAUCCAGAUGUGGUGCCAAAUAAGAUAAAAUACAAAGUAGUUCAUGAUCCAGCAGGGUGGGUGACUGUUGAUGAGAACUCUGGCGUUAUUACUGCCAUGAAAGAACUUGAUCGGGAAUCCCCCUAUGUGAACGACAGUGUUUACCCCAUCAUUAUUCAUGCCAUAGAUGAUGGUGUCCCACCGCAGACAGGCACUGGCACCAUUCUGCUUUACCUGUCUGACAUCAAUGACCACAUGCCAACAUUAGUCACACGUUUCUUGGAAGUUUGUGACAAAGCAAGACUGACUCCUCUCAUCAUAAAGGCGGAGGAUAAUGACUCCCAUCCGUAUGCCAGUCCUUUUACAUUUAAACUCGCUGAUGACUCAAAAAGUAUAAAGCAAAACUGGAGAUUAGGAAAGAGUUUUGGUGACUCAGUUGAACUUUUAAUGUUGAGAAACCUCCCACGUGGAAAGUAUUUGGUGCCUCUCCUAAUUCUGGACAGGCAGGGAUUCUCUAUGAAGCAGACUCUGUCUGUGAGGCUCUGCCGUUGCCCAGAUGGACGCGUAUGUGAAGAUCCGAACUCCGUGCAAUUUAGUCUUGGAGGUGGCGCCAUUGCUGUGAUUUCAGCAGCCCUCCUGUUAUUUCUAGUGGCAGGCUGUCUUCUGCUGCGGUGUUCAUUUGGGUCUGAAAAGAGGAAAAGCCAAGCCCAUCUCCCUUUUGAAGAAGGCAGCCAGACUUUAAUCAAGUAUAAUGAAGAGUGUGGAAACUUUUUGUGUCAGGUUAUGCCUGAUGUUUUGGAUUAUGCUAGCCAACUCUCUACAUAUGCAGAAGUUAGAAAAGGAAAACAAAUGUCUGAGGAUGUAAAUGGAAUGGCACCAUCUGCCUCCCUUACAUCCAGUCGAGGACACUAUGACCAAGAUCUAUGUGGUGCCAGUAGAAUGGUCCAGGCCAGACCAGUAAGUGACAAUCACAGUUCCCACGGGGUCCACAAUUCCAGAUGCGUGGAGACACUCGACAGAAGACCCCUCACUAUGAUUGUAGAAACAGUGGGUGAAAUGUUGAAUCAGAAGCUCUAUCACCUCAGCAACCUGGAGGAGGACAUAGUCACUUACCAACCUCACAUCUAUGCCGAGGAGGGAAAGCUAGAGAGAAGCAGCUCCUUCAGGUCCCUGCUCAUUGACGACGAUGAACUGCCCAAGGAUUUCUUGGACGCCCUGGGACCAAAGUUCACUGCUCUGGGUGAAAUCUGCCAGAAAUGAUUUCAGUCACAGCCACUCCCAUAGGAACAAUGGAAUGGUGGGGACCUUCCCAAACAGGUUUGGAAGAGACUUGACCCAAGCACAAACAUCUGCUGACCUUUGGUGGCUCUCUCCUACAGGGAAUGUCCCCAGAGUUGUACGUAAUCUUGAUGCUGGGUCGCUCCCCUUUGGGUUCUCUGCCUGGCUAGACAGGCCCUUCGAUGUCAGCAGAGAGCUCUUUCUUUUAGAACAGUUACUCCAGCUCUCUGAGCUGAAGAGACGGAAGUGCAGGUCCAGUCUGGUUAGGCCCUAGGCAUCAAGCAUCUCUAGCCACCUGCAGUCAGUGGGUCUCCCCUUUCUGAUCAAGGGCUCAGGGCUUUCCUUUAAUGUUUCCUUUGGGCUGUGUUUCUUUUCAGACUCUCUCUCAAACUAAUCUGACACAGACUCUCAUUUCUAUCAGCCAGCGGUAGCGGCCCCCUUUCCUCCCUGCCCCCAUGAAAUUCAGAAAGACUUGUCAUUAUUGCCAGCCUGUCAUUGUUGCCAGCACUGAGUAUUGUAGCUUCAUCGUCUGUGUGAAGGGGCUAGGGCGAGUGCAGCCCGCGAACUGGAAUGUCGGAGGAAACCAGGUCACCAGUUGUUUGGGCCUUAUAGCGUUCCUGAGGUCUGCAGGUAUCUGCUCUCACCCCUCAGAGAGCUAGAGAUUGGAAUAAUCUAGAAAUAGGAUGGUGUUUUAAAAUCCACAGUGGUUAAAGCCCAUGUAGGGUUGUAGAAGUGGAUGAAAAGCCACCAUCCUGAUGAUAUUUAAAGUAGCUCUGCUCGGAGUUCAGCUCACAAAGCAAGCACAGGUUCAGGUAAAUGCUAGGUUUUUGAUUAACAAGACAGCGAAGGCCGUUUCCAGCUAGUCCUGAAUUUGUGCAGCAGCUCUUCUGUAUGUAGCUGGCUCAUCUUCCACCCACAGAUGCUGGCUCACACCCAUUUCGUGUGGGCAAAGCCUGUCUUUGUACAUUCAAAAUGGGCAUCUGUUCACUUCUGUGGGUGCCGGCCUGUUGCAAAAGCAAGUGUGCAGAAUCUGGAGGUGGGCCCCGAAAGUUUCCCCUGUAUGGUUAGAGGAGCAAAGUCCUAGCAGUGGCUCAGUACCUGGGGUGGUUUGCUUUGGCAGAUCAAAGGAAAUAGAUGGAAGUGCCCACAAGGUUCCCAUCCAGAGCAUGCUAACUGAGUAACUUUCUGGCUGCAUUGUUCCAAGGAUGUGCUGAGCUCUUUGCCGGGGAAGAUGCAUGCUGGUGAAAUGGAAUCUUGGAACACGCAUAAAUGAUCUGAGGGCGUGGGAGAAGGGUCUCUCAAAGAUUGCAGUACAAAUAUGUCCAUUCAGUGAAAUCCUAGGUUCUCAGAGUGUAAUGGACAGGCCAGUGUGCAGGAGACCCACUUGAACAUACAUAUGUGUUGCCUGCAGGGUCUGGAGACUCAGAGGGGAUAUACUAGCAGCCAGUCAGGGGUGUUGGGGGUAGGGAUUCUCCUUCAGUUGCUGUAGGAUAGCCUGUGUGUUGGGACCAGGGGGAACAGAGCUCUAAUCUGUGCUGCUUGAACAAGGAUCUGCCUGGGUGGGGAACAUGGAACUCUUUGGGAGCAGGUGACUU